GUUUGGAACUAAUGUCCGAUUGAAGGGAUCAUCAGAUGAUCAACAAUUGAAGCCAAGAAGUGAUGACACAAACGAUAAGAGCGAAGACAUGAAUGAAGACACGACUGAAGACAUCAAUGAUUUGAUUUUGAGACCAAAUGUCUCUGAAAUACUCAAAGAUAAUUGUGUGGAACCGAUGAAUGUAUUGAAUACAGAAAAGCAUACGUUAGUCAACAAUACAUCAAAUCCCUCGACAUCUCAAUCCUCAUCACAAGAGAUGGUUAACCAAGAGAUCAUUGAUAUUAGUAAUGAAGACUCGAUGGAAGACUCAAUGCAACCAAAAUUGUUGACUGAAUUUUUGCCCCAAAGUGUUCGCCAAAGAGACAAAUCUAAUGCAUUGACAACCCAUGCGUUGAUUUGUCCGCCAAAUGCGGGCCAAAAGACAUUUAAUCUAAUGAUUUUGUCGCCACCGAUAACUCAAUCGCUGCCACAACUCAUUGUUAAUCAACCGCUGGUCACAAACACAAAUCAAGUGAUUGUUACCCAACCGGUCAUCAAAAACAACAAAAUAUUGAUCCCAAGAAUCAAUCGAGUGAUUGAUAAGAAAGCGGUGAUCAAAAGCACUCGCGAAGAGUUGAUUGAGAAAAUGAACUUAAGUUAUUCCUCGACGUCUGCGCUCAAUAUGAAUGUGAGGCAAAAAUUCUACGAUUUGACGACAAAGACAUACAUUUGUCCCAUAAAUGAGUGCCACAAAAGUGGCCAAAAUGACGAGUGGUUUCGGGACCACUUGAAGACAAUGCACUCAAAGCAACUAUUUAUCUGCGACUUUGAAGGCUGUGGUAAAGGCUUUAAGACAAACCAACAUGGCCAAAAUGACGAGUGGUUUCGGGACCACUUGAAGACAAUGCACUCAAAGCAACUAUUUAUCUGCGACUUUGAAGGCUGUGGUAAAGGCUUUAAGACAAACCAACAGUUAGAACGGCAUUCAUUUACACACAAAACAAUUAAAUCAUUUAAAUGUGAUUAUAAUGGCUGUGAAUAUCGUGGCGUUAGUCAAAAGUUAUUGACACAACACGUGAAGACACACUCGACAACUGAGAUGUCAUUUAAAUGUGAUUUCAUUGGUUGCGAGAAGACAUUUAAGACUAAAAGUGGUCAACAUUAUCACCGCAAGACUCACGAGAGUGAACCGACGUAUAAGUGCGGAACCGGCGGCUGUGACGAGACGUUUCAUAGCGUACACAUGCGGUACAGACAUCAGGUGGCGGUUCAUAACCGUCAGCUGUUUAAGUCACGUCAGGGACCGCGAAAGCGCCGCCGCUGCCAAUGGCCGGGAUGUGAUUACUUCGGCCGAUGUAUGUCGAGACACACACGCAUCCACACCGAUGAGCGCCAACACCCGUGUGUUUGGCCCGAUUGUGGCAAACGGUUUAGAUCUAGCGAUCGGCUCAAAGAGCACAUGAAUAUCCAUAAUAACGUGAAGCCGUUUGGAUGCGAUUGGCCGGGAUGUACAUACAGUGCCGCUAAUAGUAGUAAUGUUAUUAAGCAUAGAAAACAAGUCCACAAAAUG